CAGUCCUGCGGGGAGCAAGGGAACUACAUCUCCCGUGAUGCCGAGCGGCCUGUGCAGAGCGCCGCAUCCAAUGGCAGCGCGGCGUUUUGGGCGCUGAACGCGCUGCCGGGGCCUUUGUGCGGCAGCGAGAGAAAGGGCAAUAACAACCUGGCGAGCGGCGGCCCCAGAGCCUGAGCUCCCCGCCUGGCCCGGCCUGGCCGAGCCUCUCCUCAGUUCCUUAGCAACGCACAGCCAGCACCGUCAUCCCCGCCCAAGAGCCGAGAAUGGAGUGCCAGGCAGCUCAGCAACACCGGAGCUGAGGCACUGAGUGAGCAGUUCCCUUUAAACUGGAAGCGGCCUGGACAUCCUGUCCCCCUUACUGGACUAAUUUAGUGUGAAUCCCCAUCAAGCUGAGCCUCACUGGGUCUGAUUAGAAUGGAACAAACCUCAGGCUCAACAGGAGAGAGGGAAAGUUGAGGAUGCUGGGGCAACACGAUGGAUUUCUCCUUCACAUUCAUGAAAGGUAUCAUGGGAAACACGAUUCAACUGCCACAACAACUUAUUGAUUCAGCCAAUAUGAGGCAGGUUCCUGACGUCCUGAAUGCCAGUGGUGGCAUUGGGGAAGACAGAGGGCAAUCGUAUGAGGCUUCCCUGCAACAAGGCUUUACCUAUCCUGCUUCUGGAGCUGAUGCUAUUCCACCAGUCACCAAUGGUUACUCAACUGUUAAUAUGUAUGAAUCACCAGGAAAAUACCCAGCAUAUUCCCAACUCCCCAAUGGCUCUGUCAAUGGCUACGGCACUUAUAGGAAUUUUGGCUCCAGUGACUUUUACUUGGGGGAAAACUACUUGGUCAAACAGCCGGAAAUCCAGGAGAAAGUGCCUUCUCCGCCUGUUCCUGAACCUGUGACUCCGAAGAAGACGGGCUCUCCAGAGAUCAAGCUGCGAAUAACUAAAACUUACCACAAUGGGAAGACGCUAUUUGAGUCCUCGCUCUGCGGAGAUCUUCUAAAUGAGCAGCAGGCUCUGGCUGCUGAAUCUGCAGUGGCCCGCAAACAAAAAAGGGAGAAAAAGAAGAGAAGUAAACAUGACUCGGUCAGUGCUGAGAGGCAGGAACAUAAAGCCAUCAAGGUGGAGCAUGUGGAAUGCAAGACGCACUGUGGAAGCUCUGUAAAUAAGGCCCAUCGGUUACCGGACUCUGGGAAUCAGACAGAAGUUUCAACAUUUUACCAGGUUGGAGAUUUAGUGUGGACAAAGGUCGGUACUUAUCCAUGGUGGCCCUGUAUGGUGUCCUGCGAUCCAUUGCUGCAGAUUUAUACCAAGAUCAACACAAGAGGUGCUCGUGAAUACCACGUACAGUUUUUUGGGACGGUGCCAGAAAGAGCCUGGAUCCACGAGAAGCGAGUAGCCGCCUACAAGGGACGUUCACAAUACGAGGCUCUUGUAGCAGAAACUGUCAGACAAGCCAGCAAUGCUGCAGAGAAGCAAAAGAUUCUGAAGCCCAUUGCACAAAGAAUCCGCCCUCAGUGGGAUGUUGGCAUAUCUCAAGUUGAAGAUGCAUUGAGAUUAUCUCGGGAGGACAGGAUAGAACAGUACACCUUUAUUUAUGUGGACCAAAAGCCUGAUUCAUCAGCAGACACAACGGCAACGUCAUUAAAUGUCGACGCACAGAGAAAUGGACCACAUGAAAAUGUGUCUAGUCCUCCAGGUGAACGGACAGCACUGCAGAGAGCCGUUUGUGCAACCCCUGCUUCUAAUCAUGCAGUUCAGCAUGCACACGAGGGACACGCAGAUAUCAAAGAGCCUGCUCCCAAAAUGACGUGGAGAACGGCAGCAGCUAGAAAAUCCCUGCCACCUUCUCUUUCAAACCUCAAAGGGAACCAGGCUGAGAAAAGAAAUGGUGGCAGCCCUGUCUGUGAGGUGUUGCCAGUAAGAAAAAAUGAUCAGAAGGGAAUGAAUAUUAAGGCAGAGCCAUCACCGAGAGAAGUGGAUGAAGCUCUGGUUACACCGUUCAGCUUACGCGGUGAGAAACGGGAAGUGGAGUCUCUGCACUCGUGUUCACAUGGAGAGGCACAGUCUGCUUCAUCAGAAAGGAAACCACAAAGAAGGUCAGUGAGAAGUCGCUCUGAAUCUGAGAAAUCUGUCGAGGUUGUACCAAAAAAGAAAAUGCGAAAAGAACAGAUGGAAACUAUUCCAACAACAGCAGAGGCUAUAUGUCUACAGAGAGGCGCAUCACUACCCCAUGCACAUGGAGUAAUGUUCAGUUCCGCCCUGCCAGGUGCCAGUGAACUUUCUGAUUCCUGCAAGCCGCUUAAAAAACGUAGUCGGGCCUCCACGGACAUGGAGAUGGCAAGUCCAGGGUACAGAGAGAUUAACGAUUCCGACUCCAGGGGACUGCUGCAUGAGGUUGGCUUGGAGAAGAGGCUGGACAGUCCAGUAGUUCCUCCUGAUGCAGAUGUCUCAGAUGAAACGUCAAUGGAUUCGUGUUUAUCCAGGCGUGGUGCGGGAUCAUCAAAAAAGGACAGCAUCUGCCAGAUCUGUGAGAAACCUGGAGAGUCUCUUGUUCCCUGUGAGGGAGAGUGCUGCAGAGUCUUUCACAUAGAGUGCCUUGGGCCGGCAGAACUACCCAACGGGAAGUUUACGUGUAUGGAAUGUACGACAGGAAACCACACUUGCUUUUCUUGCAAAUUAUCGGGAAAAGUUGUAAAAAGGUGUUCAGUGAAUUCAUGUGGAAGAUUUUACCACGAAUCUUGCCUGCGGGGUUAUUCUUCGGCCAUGUUUGAAGGAAAAGGAUUCCGAUGCCCUCUCCACUGCUGUUCGUCGUGUUUGGCAGACAACCGGGAAACGGCUAAAGCAACCAAAGGUCGUAUGAUGCGCUGCUUACGAUGUCCUGUGGCCUACCACACGGGGGAGAGCUGUAUCGCAGCCGGUAGCCUGGUUCUUUCACCCCACAGCAUCAUUUGCAACAACCAUUCCAGCUUGAAGAAGAGCAGUCGUGCAUCUUUACAAGUAAACGUAAGCUGGUGCUUUAUCUGUGCCCGAGGGGUAAUUGACCAAGACCAAUCUGAAACCCUUAUCAGUUCAUAUACAUAUAAGUCGCACUACCUCCUGAGCGAGUCAAAUCGUUCGGCUGAGUUGUUGAAAAAACCUAUGAUUCCUCCCUCACCAUCAACUACAGUAAAGAAAUGUGUAAAAGGUGGCCGCCUGUUGUGCUGUGAAACGUGUCCAGCUUCUUUCCAUCCCGAAUGCCUGAAUAUUGAGAUGCCAGAAGGGAACUGGUAUUGCAACAAUUGUAAGGUUGGCAAGAAAUCGCGGUACAAAGAAAUAGUCUGGGUCAAGCUGGGCAUCUACAGGUGGUGGCCAGCUGAGAUCUGUAAUCCCAAAUCUGUGCCACUUAACAUUCAAGCAAUGAAGCACCAUAUUGGAGAAUUUCCCGUGCGUUUCUUCGGAUCGAACGAUUAUUAUUGGGUGCAUCAGGGCAGAGUCUUUCCUUACUUGGAAGGGGACAAGGGCAACGUGUCUGAUGGUCGAGCAGGCGGCAUCAAUGAGAUAUUCAAGAAAGCACUGGAAGAAGCAGCUAAACGAUUCCAAGAGCUGAAAGCACUGAAAGAGUGCAAGGAAGCACUAGAAAAUGAACGCAAUGAAAGAAAGCCACCUGCAUAUAGAUUCAUUAAAGCAAACAAGCCGGUUGGGAAAGUACAGAUUCGCAUUGCGGACAUGUCCGAAAUUCCCCGGUGCAACUGUAAACCCACUGAUGAGAACCCUUGCGGGCUGGACUCUGAAUGUCUGAACCGAAUCUUGAUGUACGAGUGCCAUCCCGCUGUCUGUCCAGCCGGAGAAAAGUGUCAGAACCAGUGCUUCUCUAAGCGGUUGUACCCGGACUCGGAGCUUGUGAGAACGGAUGUGCGAGGCUGGGGCCUCCGCACUAAAGUCGACAUUAAAAAGGGGCAAUUUGUAACAGAAUAUGUUGGUGAGUUAAUUGAUGAGGAAGAAUGCAGAAACCGCAUAAAGCAUGCUCACGAAGCCAAUAUUACCAAUUUCUAUUUGCUGACCUUAACCAAGGAUCGCAUCAUCGAUGCUGGACCCAAAGGGAAUUUAUCGAGGUUCAUGAAUCACAGUUGCAAUCCAAACUGUGAGACGCAAAAGUGGACGGUGAUGGGUGAUGCGCGUGUCGGACUCUUUGCACUCUGCGAUGUACGGGCAGGUUCUGAACUCACCUUCAAUUAUAAUUUGGAUUGCUUGGGCAAUGGAAAGACUGUGUGUAAAUGUGGAGCUCCCAACUGCAGUGGAUAUCUCGGUGUGCGUCCAAAGACUGCUGCUGCAACGGCAAAUGAAGAAAAGGCAAAGAAUGCAAAGAAAAAAUUGAAGAAACGCAAAACCAAGAUGGAUGUCAGGAAAAUGCACGAGGACUAUUGUUUCCGUUGCUGUGACGGAGGGGAAUUGGUGAUGUGUGAUAAGAAGGAUUGCCCCAAAGCAUAUCAUCUCUCCUGCCUUAACCUGACCAAACCCCCAUUUGGAAAAUGGGAGUGCCCCUGGCACCACUGCAACGUCUGUGGCACAACGUCCACCUGCUUUUGCGACUUCUGCCCAAGCUCCUACUGCAGGGAGCACCAGAAGGGAGCCCUGACCACCUCGGCACUGGAGGGCCGCCCCUGCUGCUCCGAGCACGACCCCAGCUGCCCAGCAGAAUUUGUCUUGUCUUCCUCCGUCAGUCUUCAGAACAACUCGGCAGCAGAGGACACCGGCGAGGAGACCAACGAAUGAAACACCUUCUGUACGGGGACGUGGAGGACUGUAAUACUGAUCGGGGCCACCUUUAGUGUUCAACUAUGAGGGGCUCUGAGGACUGUCAAACAUGAGGUGGUGAACUCGGAGGUAUUGAGGGAGUAAGUAAAGAUGACCAAAAGAUUGUUUUGAUGUUAUUUUGGUUUGGUUACUAUUUUGGACACCUUAAUGUGACAAAGCUGGUAUUUACUCUUGAAGAAUUAUUGUCACAAUUGGGAAAUAGUGUUCUAAAUUGUCUUUUUUAUUUCUAAAUUGCAAGUUGUAUUGUUGUACUUGUGUCAGAUAUUUGAUGUCGGAUGGAACCUCGCCUGUCCCACUAAAACCAAAAUCUAAGGAUAAUGUUAUGUAACUUGUUUAAAUAAUGUUUAAAUUAACCACAGCCGGGUUUGGGGAGCAACGUGUGGGGAAGGGUACGAGGAUGACAAGGUUCAUUGGGGUCGUGAUGGGGAAAGAGGUGCUCGCUCCCUAAAAUGGAAGGUGGAUUUUGUACAGCACUUAUAGUUAGUUUUAAAGAUCUUUGCAGUGGGCCAGAAUCUGCUGGGUACAGUCGGAGAAAAUUAGAAUCGUUGUAAGGUGGGGUGAUAAGCCGCCAUGGGAACAGGUUGAGAGCCUCAGUGUAUUUGUUAGGGCAAGGAGGAAAAGAGAAAGGGGUUUUAAUCCCUGUAUGUUGGGCAGUAGCAACUGAUGCAGUGGUUUACUUGAGGUUCAGAGAAGGCAAACCUUUAGUUCUGGGCCUUUCGGCGUUGACUAAAACACCUCCAGAAUUUGCUCCUGGUUCUGACUUGUAAUAUUUACAGUUGUUUCUCCACCUCUAUAAGUGAGCAUUCUAAUUCGAGUUUUGCUUUUUGAAGUUCAUAUUAUGUGUUAUUGGCACUACCAUUACGGCUACAGUUUGACAGACGUGAUUUUAUUAUUUUUAUACAUUUAUAUGUAAAAAGCAAAAUUAUGAAAGAAAAAUAUCAUGUUUUUUUUAAAAACUGAAACUUAAAAUGCCAUCUUUGUUCUUAAAAGAAUGAGUGUUUUAUGAACAAAUGAAACGCUCAACUAAUUGAAAGUAUGCCUAGAAUCAUAGAAUCAUUAUCAUGCAGCAAGAUGCCAUCAAGUCUGUGCAGCCCUUAAAGGGCUGUCUGUUUUCUCCCCCUUUCUUAUUAUUGCAUCUGUUACCAGAACCCUUUCAAACAUGCUAUUCAUAAUCAGUUUUCCUUUUCUUCCUUUGUCUCUCUCCUGCAUAAACCUAUCCAUCAUUUUUGAACAAUUUCAUUAAAUUUCAAUCUAUGAUUCUAUUAAGUACUUCUGUAUAUAAUGUGCAUUUAAAUAUGUCUGUAUAUCUAAAAUAACCUUCUCGUUCUGAGACUAGAACUGGUAGAAUAAACGUGAUUUUUGUUUUUCAGCAUUA